UCAUAUUGCAUAUUCGAUAGUGGUUGUGCAUCUUGAUUAUGUCUACUACCCCGACAGCACAAUCUGGACUCGGAGGCCAAGAUCCCUCAGCCAGCUCCUCGCGCUUCCAAGAACUCUGGGAGGGGGCCUUUCUGGAAUACAAGAAAGUUACGGGCUCGGACCUCCUUCGCUCACCGCUCUACGAACAAUUGCAAAAGGCCGAAUCCUCAGGGAAGGUUGCUCGCAUUCUCAAGGAACACAAGAGUAACUUCAAAGCUUUCCGCGCGCACGGCGAGAGGAUUAGAGCCAUUAUUGCGCCGAUCUUUACCCUCACCAAGCUGUUCACCGACACUGGUGGCGAGAUAGCCGCGGCUUCCAGCGUAGUACCCGGCGGCAAAGCGAUCUUCGCGGCCUUCGGGGUCUUUCUAGAGGUAUUCAACAAGGUUAGCGAGCAAUACGAUGGACUCGAGGAGCUUCUCUCGAGGCUUGGAGGCGUCCUUGGCCGUCUUGAUAAUCACUUGAAAGCACGUUCGGCGCUCAACGACCAGCUGGAAGGCACCUUCGUCCGCGCACUUGUCCAGCUGCUCAACGUGUUCGCCAUCUGCACGAAAUACACCAAGAAGCAGAUGUCAGCUCGCACGGCUGCCUUCACGCGCAUGAAGGAAUAUGGUCGGGCCCUCCUUGGUAAUAAGGAUGUGAAAGAUGCUCUUGAGAAGCUAGACGAGCUGACCAAGGAGGAACUUCUGGCCACUGCCGCUCAGACAUUUGAUGUGGUGCAAGGCAUAGCCGCCAAGGUCGAGGUGGUCAGUGGCGACGUUACAGAAAUAAAGAACAAUGUCAAAGCCGCGCACAAUAACCUGCAAGACAUUGGGGCCAAAGUUCAUGAUAUGCGCUUGGAGUCUGUCAAGAAAGACAUUCGUGAUUGGUUAGCUCCCCCCUGACCCAAGUCAGAAUCAUGAAGAGCGACGAACAUCAUAUCUGGAUGACACGUGCACGUGGUUCUUUGAUCAAAAGUUCAAAGAGUGGAAGGACAGCAGCAAUGGUGUGUACUGGAUUCACGGAAAUCCUGGAUCAGGAAAGAGUGUUCUUUGCUCAUCUGUCAUUGAGCAUGUCCUGUCCAUCCCUGGCCUGCAUGUGGCCUACUUCUACUUUGACUAUCGUCGUGCUGAGAUGCAGACUGUGACUGGCCUAUUGGCAUCUCUGAUCUACCAACUUGCCACUUGUGCAAAACAGUGCCACCAAGUUCUGCAGCAAUUCUAUGUGGAGAAUAGGUCAAAGCUAAAGCCAACCAGGGAGCUUCUCCUUAGCUGCCUAGAACAGAUCCUCCAGGCUUCCACUGGGACAGUUAUCAUCAUUGAUGCUCUUGAUGAGUGUCCAC